GACUUCUUUUGUUUCGCAGGUUGACUUCGCUUGUGCAUCAAAUCCUACUCUAUUUGCAACAUCAACAACCAAAUUGAAAUUAGCGAAGUAAAAUAAAAACAACAUGGACCGCCUCAUUGCUCUUUCCCUCCUAUCCACCGCGGGCGCAUUUGCCCCAGCUGGUGUCCACCAGCAGCAACACGCACAACUCAGCAGCUCGUCUCUUUUGGUUGCAUCUACUCCUGUUGUGCAAACCCCUCCUUCGCCUUUGACGGAAUGGGGAUCUAAGAUUUCCAACAUUCGGGUCGCGCAAGAAGAGAUGCGCAAGCAAGACCUUCCCGAAUUCGGACCUGAAAUUUCUGCCACCGACCUCGGAAUUGCAGGAGACAAGGCUGCUCAGUUGGCCUACUUCAAAGAGAAUGCCAUGGAACUCAAACAAAAGAUGCUAGACCACGGUGCCAUCAUCUUUCGCGGAUUUGACCUGAUGAAAGAGCAAGACGGAUUUCAACAGUUUUACAACGCUAUUGAAAUGAAAAUUUGCCAGGAUCCUCUCCAAUCUGUUUCUGCUCGACCUACGGCCGACGGAAAGAAGGACUCACCCGUAUACGAAGCGGUAAAUAAAGAAAGCCGAAAAAAUUUCUUCAUUGGUAAGUUGAGAUGUGGGCAGUGACCCAAGCUUGUACGUUUCUCCAUUUGGUUGGUAAAAAAAUCCAUGUGGAGUCAGGACUUACUGCAUGUGAUAACUCAUACGACAAAAUUCUUCCCUUCGAUAAUAUCAGGUAUGCACAAUGAGUUUGUUGGAACCCGUGCUCCUCGAGCAGCAGCCUUUGUCUGCUUCAAAGCGGCCGAAGAGGGUGGAGAGUUUUUGAUUGCGGAUGGGCGUCGAAUUUUCCGUGACUUGGAUUCCGACCUUGUGGAUGAACUCUACGAUCGCAGUAUUCGCUACUCGGUCAUGGAACUUCCAUUUUUCGGAUGGAUUGACAAUCUCCCCGAUCCAAUCCAAGGCCCCGUCAUGACCGGAAUGAAGGGAGUCGUAUCAGCUGCUAUCAAUGCGAAAGUAGACUUUGACGUUGACAUGUUGUGGGGAGAAGGUGGAUACGACAACACACGUAUGUUGCAGGCUCGUUCUCCGGGACAGCCUGCGAUUGUCAACCACCCUGUGACCGGAGAACCAACUUGGUUCUGCAACGUCCACUCUCAUUCGUCGAAGCUUCGAAAAGACCGUGAAUCUGUGUAAGUCGCUAUUGUUGUUGAAUGCGUGGCAAGCAAUCGAAAUCCUCGAAAAACAAAAUUGAGCCAUUGAUCUGAGAUAUCCAUAACACUGACAUUCAUUUCUCCGAAUGGAUUCUAUAUAUUCUUAUUUCUGACGAUUUUGACGAAAUAUAUACGACAAAUCAUAUUUGAAUGAUUAGGUACGGAGCUGAAAGAUUCGAAGACGGUGCAUCCCAGAUUAAUAAGUCUGACAUGUACUUUGGCGACGAUGGCAUCAUCACCGACGAACAACUAAAACAGAUGGAUGACGUAACAGUGAAGAAUAUUCGUUAUGUGAAGAUGACAGAAGGAGAUGUUGUGCUACUGGACAACUACAAAUGCAUGCACGGACGCAAUGUAUUCGAGGGGACACGAAAGCAUGCUGUUGCUUGGUUUGAAGGAUGGGAAGGAGAAAACGAAAUGAAGAAAGUAUCAUCCAGCUUGGAAAGCGUUUCUGCCUAGGUGCCAUUCAAUGCACCCACAACUAGGAUAUCGGAGUAUCAUAUGUAUAAUUUUUAUCAAAAGGAAUAAUAUAAUCUCUCCUCCACAGUAAUAAAAUUAAUCUCUUGAU